AUGUUGAUUCCCAACGUCUUCGUCGCUGCGGCGGCUCUUUCCACCUUGGUUGCCGGAAUCCCUCUUCGUCCAAAUCAGCUCUUAGAAAGAACAGCAUCAUCAAACAUAGCAACCGAAGUUGAUCAAGAAGCUCUUUCACUUUCAAGGAGACUACCAGACAAUAAGCAAGCAAGCGAAGAGAAUCUUUCAAAGAGGGCCACCUCAGCACCAUUGGGGGGUGUAAUCAAACCACUCCUUGACCCCAAAAAACCUUCGGUCCCGAAGCCCGCGCCAAAACCAAAGCCUGCACCGGCAAAGCCACUCUACCCCGGUCUAGUACUUCCAGGACCAGGAAGUUUCCGAAUCGAUGCCUGGCAUCCACCAAAGAAAUGGUAUGAACUAGGCGGCCCAAGGCCAAGGCACCCAGCUAGAUUAGCCAGAGGCCUACGAUCCAAGGUGGACAAGCGGAAAUCAGCCGGCAAAUUUAUUCGAAAGUGGGACGAUGAUUCAAGCGGAGAGACUCUUCCAAAGAAACCAUCUGCCAUACUCUCUCGCGAGGCUGAACCGAAAAAGAGGGGGCUUCCAGGCGGCAAGGAUUGGGUCACCGAGAUCAAAAAUAUGCCACCGUUCGACCCAAAGAAAUACCAAAAGAAACCUGCUCCGAAGCCUGCUCCAAAGCCUGCUCCAAGGAAGCCUUACGACAGAAAAGAGCUUUUCGAAAAAACUUCUAAAUACCCUAUUCCCAAGGCACAAAAGCCCCCAGACCCAUGGGAUUUCCGCAAGAUGAAGAAGAAGAACAAGAAGGCUCCGGGAGUUGGGUUGGGAUUGCCAGAUACCGCGCCAGCUUUGCAUUAG